UUCUAUCAUAGAUUUUUCCUUAGUUUAGGGCCUCAUUUUCAAAGUCGACAUUUUGGAGCCCCUGCCACGGUCACUGCAGCCGCUGCGGCCACUGCCACCAAAUCCCCGACGCCAGCUGGGUACUCCAACUGGUCGAACCACCAUACAACGCUCUCCUCGCAGCCCUGGGUGGCCAUCUCUGAACUUAUGUACUUUUACGACAAAUACGAGUUCACGAGCCUGAGCACAAGAGACCUGAAGACACACCAGGAGAUUGUGGCCGAGGUGAGGGCUCUGCUGUCGGGCAAGGCUCCGUUUGAUCAACGCACCCGCUUCCCGGGCAACAUACAUGACCCGGAGAACCUCUGGGUCUGCAUUGGGCGCUGCGCCAGCGUGGAGUAUCACCUCCAGCGCAUUAUCAGCAUCUUUAGGAAGCCCCUCAAUCAGCUGACGCCGGACAAGCAACGGACCGUGCGUCAGAACUUUCAUCUGGCGGUGAGCGAGCUGCGGCUGGACAUCUCGGCGAGGAUCAGCGAAGUGCGUCUAUACGACCGCCUGGUAUUCGAGCGGGAGUUUCGUCUGGAGUGGCAGUAGGCUGACGCCUAAC